AUGUCUUCCGCAAUCCUUUCUUCAACGGCUUUGUUGCGCAAUGCCACAACUACCACCAGUGUUGGACUCUCGGCCUGCCGUUGGAGCUCGACUGCUGCCAUGAGUGCCUUCACCUCGCAGCGUGACGUGAAGUCGCGGAAUGAUAGAUUCAUGGAGCGACGUCGGAUACCCAACCGCGGGAAGUUCCUCGAGGACCAGAAGGCGCAGAGCGAGAGUCGAGCUCUUGAGAGAUAUCACACUCGCGACUUCAAGGCCGGAGACAUCUACGCCCCCCACGAUCUUAGCCCGACCCAGAUGAAGAAAUGGGGAAAGCGCCAGAGCCCUAACACGGAUGCUUUUGACGCAUUGAACUUGAAGCCAUUGGAUAUGUACAAGGUAAAUUCCACCGAGGCUCAACCUAUCAUGACUUGCAUGAACUUUGCGAUCAUGUCCGAAUACAUGACCAACAUGGGCCGUAUCAAGCCCCGGACAGAGACCGGUCUGCGACCCGUGAACCAGCGCAAGAUUGCCAAGGCACUCCGGAGAGCCAUUGGAAUGGGUCUUAUGCCCAGUGUUCACCGACACCCGGAAAUCCUCGCAUCCGAGAUGCGGGCUCGUCAGGAGGGACCCGGCGGUUUCACUUUCAAAGAGUCUAUUUGGGCGGCCAGCCCGUCCACUACUCGCGGACAGCCCACCCAGCUUUCUUCUGACGCCAAAGGCGAGCGAUUGGCCUACGCAUCCAACAAAUCGAUUUUCUUGCGCUCAAUUGAUGACCCCGCAGUCGCCAGACAGUACACCGAACACAAGGCACAGACAACCGUCGCUCGUUUCUCCCCAUCUGGAUUCUACGUCGCAAGUGGUGAUGCUGCCGGAAUCGUGAGAGUUUGGGACUGUGUAGGUGACGGAAUCACCAAGGGUGAAUACAGCAUCGUCAACGGCCGGAUCAAUGACUUGGCCUGGGACGGCGACUCCCAGCGCAUCAUUGCCGUCGGUGACGGUAAGCAGCGAUAUGGACACUGCAUCACCUGGGAUAGUGGAAACACUGUCGGUGAAAUCCACGGCCAUACACAACAACUCAACACUGUGUCAAUCAGGCAGCAGAGGCCUUUGCGUGCUGCUACUGCCGGUGAUGACAGGAAGACAGUUUUCUACCACGGUGCUCCUUUUAAGUUCAACAGCGGAAUUGCCGACAAGCAUUCCAACUAUAUUUACGGAGUUGGCUUCAGUCCGGAUGGCUCGCACUUGGUCAGUGUUGGCGCAGACCGCAAGAUUUGGCUCUACGACGGCAAGACAGGAGAGACCAAGAGCCAAAUUGGUGAAGGGGAGCACAACGGCAGUAUCUUUGGAGUUUCAUGGGCCAAGGACUCACGAAAGUUCGUGACUGCAAGUGCUGACCGAACUGUCAAGAUCUGGGAUGUGGAGGCUGGCAAAGCCACACAGACCUGGACCCUGGGAGAGGAGGGUGCUAUGGCUGUUCGAGACCACCAAGUCGGUGUGGUCUGGCCCCACGGAAGAAGUGAUGACCUUCUCAUCAGUUUGUCUCUGAGCGGAGACCUGAAUUAUCUGGUGGAAGGCACCCCCAAGCCCCGACAGGUCAUCUCAGGUCACCAGAAGAGCAUCACCUCAUUGAACCAGACCACCGUUGACAACAAGGAGACUCUGUGGACCGGUAGCUUCGAUGGAAGAGUUUGCAAUUGGGAUGUGGCCACUGGCUCCGCCGAGGAGAUCGAAGGAGACGCCCACCCUGGCUACGUCGCUGGGCUUGCGGCAACAUCAGAGGGAUCUGGUAGAAUCUACAGUGUCGGCUGGGAUGACACUCUCCGUUCUAUCGAUGCCACUGCUAAGACUUACACCGGCAGCGCUUCGAAGCUCAACGGACAGCCAAAGGCUGUUGCAGCCGGUGGCACGAUAGUACUUGUCGGCGAGUCUGAGAGCGUUGAAAUUUUCCAAGAUGGACAAAAGACUGGAGACUACAAGACUGACUUUGCAGCCACCACUGUCGCUGCUCACGGUACUAUGGCCGCCGUUGGAGGCGAGAACGGAUCAGUUCAGAUCUGCGCCAUCUCCAGCUCCAGAUUGUCUCCGCGGGCAGAUAUCAAUGCCUCUCGCAACCCUAUCUCUUCUCUUGCUUUCUCUCCUGACGCGUCUCACUUGGCCGUUGGUGACUUGCGAGGACGUGUCCUUGUCUAUAAGGUCUCAGAUGGCAGCUUGGUGACGGACCGCUGGACGGCACACACGGCACGAAUUACAUCUCUUUCCUGGAACGCAGCUGGAUCACAUGUUGUGAGUGGAUCUCUUGACACAAACAUCUUCGUUUGGAGCUUGGCCAAGCCAGGUGACUGGAUCGAGCUGCAAAACGCCCACAAGGAGGGUGUCCAUGGCGUCGGAUGGGUCGCUGAAAGCUCUAAGAUCAUCUCAGCUGGUGCUGAUGCCGCAGUGAAGGUUUGGAAGGUUGAAGGCCUGCAAUAA